ACUAGAACUCAAAUAAAUGGCCCGUCAGAUAUCAAAACACAUUUGGGGGGAAUUGAUGAUAGAGAGAGUAAUUGUGUAUUCUCAAAUAUUGAUAAAUGAAGAAAGAAUUAGUGCUCCAGCACAAUAGCAAGGGGACUGGGGCUUGAGCACCACCAGGGGUCUAUCUGUGCGCGGGCCGGAAUAGCGAGAUACGGUUUUGUGUCCCACCCGCCUGAAACAAACACAGCUUAGAGGUUCACUUGGUUUCCUCGGAAAUUCCCCCUCACGCCACUGUUCGUCCUGCGGAUCCAACGAGUCGCACCUGAGCAUCGCGUGUUCGACCGAUGUAAUGUUUUACGGUUGGGAAUCAGUGACAUUUGUGGCUGGAUGGACAAACCAAAAUGUGUCAGAUGGGCGUUCUUCUUCCUCCUCAUAUUUAUGUUCUUCUUCAUCCUCUGGAUCACUGAGAGAACACCAGGAACGUACAGAAUGAUCCCACCGCCGCACCAGGCUCCGUACACUUGCCCCUUUCAGAUCUCUGAGCGAAGCAUCACCCCGCUCAACAACACCAAGCACUUGCUGGUGUCGGCCUACAUGGACCAGAGAGUGAAUGGCUUGGACGUACGCAUCAUUGGAAUAUUCAAGAGAGACUCCAUCCAAAAACUGCACUGUGUUUUCUGCUGUGCAGGCAAGUUAUCAAGUACAACUCCUGGAACAAUUUUACAACACUCGGACAACUUUGGUUUCCCCUACGUCACUACGGAUGUCAUGUGUCAGAUUCCCCAAAACUGCAACGCCACACAUGUCAAUCUCUUGACUCAGCCAGGAAAGGACCGGCUAGUUGACCAACCCUGUCUUCCUAUAAGAAAUAAGAGAUCCAAUGGGAAGGAAAAAGAGAAGUUGCAGUUUAACUUCACAGUUUGCAUCUCUAACCUGUUUGGAGACUACAACAACGUGCUUCAGGUUGCACAGACCCUGGAGAUGUACAGGUUACUGGGUGUGGACAGGGUGGUGAUCUAUAACACCACCUGCGGCCCCGAUCUCGAUCGCCUGCUGCAGAUCUACAGCGAGGAGGGCUUCGUGGAGAUGGUGCCCUGGCCCAUCGACCAGCACCUGAAUCCAUCGCGUGGUUGGCUCUUCUCACAGAGCGGAGGGGACGUGCACUACUUCGGCCAGUUGACCACACUUAAUGAAUGUAUUUACAGAUCCAUGGACCGCUCACGCUACGUGCUGUUGAACGACAUCGACGAGAUCAUAAUGCCUUACAAACACAACAACCUCACAUCUCUGAUGGACGUCCUCCAACAACAGCAUCCAAAUAAGGGGGUGUUCCUCAUUGAGAACCAUAUAUUUCCCAAGAAACCCUUUAAUGAAAGUAAAUGGGGUCCCCUGCCUCGUUGGAGAGGGGUGCCAGGCUUUAAUAUCCUAGAUCGGAUCUACAAGGAAGAGCCUGACAGAACUAUUUACCACCCCCACAAGAUGAUCGUUCAGCCAAGGAUGGUGCAGCAGACCUCGGUACAUGAAGUGCUCAAGAUGAUUGGACAGAUGUUUAAGGUUCCCCCAGAUGUGUGUCGAAUCAUUCACUCCCCAAUCAGUACCCCGACACAACGACCGCUGGAGCAGCUUCACGUUGACACCCGAUUGAGAGACUUCACAGAACAACUGCUCCCCGGAUUGAAUAAGGUGCUGAGGGAAGCGGGCCUGCUGACUUGAGAGAGGCAGAGAUGAUGCAUUAGAUGAACCGACAUUAUCUACAUCAUCACAAAACGUUGUGGCCUCAUGGCAAGGUCCGAUUGGCUGCAUCAUGUAAUGUUGUUUUAGGAUAUGCAUCUUUUGUUCCCGCUGGACAAGAGGCCCUACCAGCCGCAGAAUCCUGAACAGAGCUAGAAAAAAAAAAUCAAAAACGUUUUUCUUAGUGCUCAUUUGGGGAGUCACUGUCUUGAGGAGUGCAAGAUCAGAGGGAAAAGCAGAAAGUGCCAACCAGGCAGACACACGUCUGAUAAGGGUGAGAUUUAAAGACACACCAAGCACCAUUCAACACUCAAGCUCCGUUUGUUAUAUUUACAUUAAUUUUAGGAGAGCACACAUCGUUUGUGAUUGGAUCCAGUGUUGCGGUGGGAGGACCUGCUCCUCCUUGACGCCAGUUUAGGGCCAAUAGAAACCUUUUCUUCUAUAUCCAACAACCAGUAUAAAAUGUGAUGUUCUUCCGGCCUGCGGCCUGUUUGCCUUUGCAAACGCAGCGCUGAUAUUUGACUUGUGAACUGACAAAUUAAUCUACCAGAAAUCUGUUUGGCGGAGUUCUUCCAGAUGUCCCCAACCGGGCUUCCAAUUUUGAUCCCGAUAGUACGUUCAUUCCUUCACUCGCUGUAUCCAUCUGUUCCCAGUCUUAAUGCUAAGCUAAGCUAACUGUCUCCGGACUUCAUAUCUAACAGACAAAUAUCUGAGGCAGAAGAUGCCAUAUUCACUGAGAUGUCCUAUUUUUAUGUUGGUCAAAUACGGUUGGCAUAAAGACACAACUUGAAUGGUUUGAAAUGUUUGCUCUGUAGCGAAAUCUGCUAGUGCUUUUCUUUUUUUUUUCUUUUUUUUUACAAUAAAAAAGAUUUAAUAAAAGUAGUUGUGAUACAGUAUAUUUCUCAAAACGAGGACUUGACAAGCCUCAGCAGUCCAGGCCAUUCACAGCUGGUCUGCCAACAAUUGCUGCCUUAAGCUUGUGAGCCACACAAACAAAGGAUAACAGUCAGUUUAUAUAUACGUUUUUCCAUCACACAGGCGUGGUUGCCUCUCAUUGGUUAAACAUACUGGUGUUUGAUUUAUUAUAACCGUCCAUUUUGUAGUUCGAUGCAGCUUACACAAAAGGGGUUGUUUUGUACAACAUGGUACCUGCACGGCUUCCAUUUUGAUUUACAAGAGGCCUCCUCUGUCCCCAUAUUUCUAGUGUGGUUAUAAAAACUACUUGGUGUCUCUCUCUAUGUUACGAAUUAAAAUUUGCACAUAGACAUUCUUUAAUAACAAGUGUGUUUACAAUAAAUUCAUGCCCUUCUAGUGUAAAUCAACCUCUUUAAUAUCAGGUGUUUUAUAAUAAAUUCAUGCAUUUC